UCUGUGUACUGUGCUAUUAACAACUGGAAAGGAAAUCUUGACUUUGAUUAUUGUUUUGUGAUUUGUUUACGUUAAGAUAUACUUGUUUAUAUUUUAUUUGUUUUCAGUGUUUUGUCUGCAUUGGUAUUUAAAUAAAAUACUUUAGAAACUCAACCAUGGAAAAUCUGAAAAAUAUUUGGAAACCAGAACUUUACAGAAUUCAGAUGGAGGCUCCAACGCCGAAGCGCAUAAUUUGUGAGAAUUGUCCAUAUAGACCUGAAUUUUAUGGGAAAGAAUACCAUGGUGUAAUGGGACAUAAGGAGGCUACAUUAUUAUUAGAAGAGGAGCCCAAUGGAGCUUUUCUUAUUAGGAAAGGCAAUGAGCUUAAUGAUUUUUAUACACUCUCUUGGAGGUUCAACGAUAGAAUACAUCACUAUAAACUAUAUUACGAUGGGACACAUUAUAUUAAGGACAAGAGAUAUGACUGUAUAUAUGAUCUAGUUGCCGAUGGCCUCAUAUUCUGUCACAUGGAGCUAAAGGCACAUCAUAUACUAGAGAUGAUUAACUGUCGAACAAAUUACACAGAAAGUCCCUAUGUUACUCUUAAUAGAAGAAAACUGAAUACUUUGUCUAAAAUGCAACAGGCAUCCAAUAAAUCUAGUCCAAUUUUCCAUAAAAAUGAGAACAAAAUUGUCGAAGUUGACAAUGAUGUCAAGAAAACGUUAGAUCUAACACCAAUGCUAGAAGAUAGUCCGUUACUAUUUAAGUAUCUGAAAGCGCAUAGUUUUAAGUUGCAUACAUUUAAAGGACUAAAUUGGUGUGAACUGUGCGCCAACUUUCUUUGGGGCUUUACAGCGCAAGGAGUCAAAUGUGAAGACUGUGGUUUCAUAGCUCACUCGAAAUGUUCUGAGAGAGUACCUAAUCACUGUUUACCGGACCUAAAGAAACUCAGGGGAGUAUUCGGUAUAGACCUGACAACAUUACUGAAUGCUCACUCAAGUACACUGCCAUUUGUAGUAAGGAAGUGUGUGAAUGAAAUUGAAGCCAGGGGAAUGGAUUCUGAGGGUAUUUACAGAGUAUCAGGAUUCGCAGAUGAGAUUGAGGCUUUGAAAAUGGCUUUUGAUAAAGAUGGUGAAUCGACCGAUUUGAGCGUUUUUAGCAACAUAAAUGUGAUAGCGGGGACACUAAAGCUUUAUCUUCGACUGUUACCAGUGCCUCUUAUUACCUAUGACGUACAUCCGAAACUCAUUAGUGCCAUUCAAACGAAAACAACGGCCUUGCAAGUGACAAUGCUGCGGGAGUGUCUCGAUUUGCUUCCUCCGGCACAUUUCAACUGCUUACAGUACAUGGUUCAACAUUUAAAUAGAGUUUCUCAGCAUGCGGAUGUGAACAAAAUGUCAGCUCAUAACCUGAGUACCGUUUUUGCUCCAACAUUGGUCGCUACCCCACCAGCUAUCACAGACUUGGCGUUUGAAAUAAGAGCUUUACAAGCUCUCAUCGAAUUCUGUCCACAGAUUUACUAUGGCAGCAAGUAAAAUUACGUGCAAUGUUUAUAUUAUUGAGAAUUAUCGGACUUACCUUAUUUAUUUUACAUAGCAACUGCUUAUACUGUUAGUGUUUGUUACAUCAUCUCAGUAAAAUGUUACUUAUAAUUGAAUACUUAGCAUAAUAUUUGCUAUAAUAUAUUUGUUUUGUAUUUUUAUUCUAUGUUAAGGGAAAUAAAUAAUCUGUUUUUCAUAUGUGAUAUUGGAUUGAACUGUAUAAAUCAUUCCGUGGUUGUGUUGUAGUGACCAAAAUUAUCUUAAUGUUUUUUUUUUUUUGUAUUUUUAUAUGUUACAUUGUAAGCCUUAUUAAAUAUUAAAUAAACACGUAUUUAAACUAA